AUGCAGGACGAAGUACCGAAGACCAGCCAGGAGAUGCGAGCAAUCUCGCCAUCGUCUACUGGUACCGGGUCGUCAGACACAUGUGCCUCUUCCUGCGUGGAGGCUCCUUUGGAGUUGACUCUCCUCAACCUGGACUCAUCCCUAGAUGACGUCGCAGGCGAACACGAAAUCAUCACCGCGCCGCUGUUGGCUCGCGACGCAUACGUCGCAGCUGGCAUGCAGCAGAAACAAUCUCAGUACGGCGUGUUUGGGAGCCUGACAGCUAUACGAGAACGAAGUGCGAGCUAUGCUCCACAUGACCCUCGUCUCUACGUCAAUACGAAUGCCCCCUUCUCCGCCAUCGUCUGCGGCGUACAGGGCUCUGGCAAAUCCCACACCGUGUCCGUCCUGCUAGAAAACAUGCUCGUCACUGGACACGAAGCGAUCGGUAUCUCCCACAAAGCACUCAGUGGCCUCGUCCUCCACUUCGGUGAGGGCGGCACGGGCUCGCGUCCUUGCGAGGCCGCUUGGCUCGGACAGUCGGACGUCAACGGCGUCCGCCCACCCGCCAUCAAGGUCUACGUUUCUCGAUCGUCUCUGUCCACCAUGCGUGCGACGUACGCUCCCCUGGGCAAGGCCGUUACCGUGCAACCUCUUCUGUUUUCUGAGAAAGAGCUUGAUGCGGAGGCCGUCUUGUCGAUGAUGGCGGUGGGAUCUUCGGACAACGCGCCGCUCUACAUUCAGCGGAUCCUGACCAUCUUGCGCGAUCUUGGGGAGAAAUUCACCUACUCCACGUUUUUGCGAAAGGUCGAGGAGGCGAAGAGAGAAUUAAGCCCUCCGCAAGUCGGCUUCCUCGAACAACGAAUGCUACUCCUCAAGACUUUCGUCGACUCGGACAAGGACCAGUCCAAGAGCCGGUUUGCAGCGGGACAGCUCACUAUAGUGGAUCUCUCCGACCCAUUCAUGGACGCAGGCAGCGCGUGCGCGCUCUUCGAGAUAGUGACGCGCCUUUUCGUUCGAGCCCAGGUCAACACAGGCAAGGUUCUCGUCGUAGACGAGGCACAUAAGUACUUGUCCGUCAACAAGGGCAUGUCCGGGCUCACGAAAGCGCUGACGGCGCUGACACGACAACAGCGGCACCUCGCAAUGAGGGUCAUCAUCAGCACCCAAGAACCGACCGCGCUCCCCCCGGUCCUCAUCGACCUGUGUAGUGUCGCAAUUCUGCACAGGUUCUCCUCGCCAGCGUGGUGGGAAGCCAUCGUGAAGCACGUAUCGGCAGACUUCACAGACUAUGACGCGUUCGAUCACGUCGUCCGCCUCAAGACUGGCGAAGCGGUGAUCCUCGCCCCCGCCGGAUUGGGCAAGUUCCCUGCGUCCCUCAAGAACUCCGACGAGGGUGUCAAGCUCUCUAGCUUUGGACGCCGCUAUCUGCUCGCGCGCACUCGGCGGCGCGUCACGAAGGACGGCGGUGCGUCGCGGCUGGUCAUAGACAGCGCUUGA